UUGUAAAUGUCGCGUUGCGCAUCGAUGACGAGUUCACUCGCUUGAAAAUCUUAUUGAUCGAUUUCCAUUUAUUUCGGUUACGUCGCCGCUGAAGUCCGUUCGCAAGCGGAUGCGACGGACCAGAUAAUUUUUUUUUUUGUGUAUUGUGAAGAAGAAAAAGCAAAAUGGGGUCGUUGUUUCGAAGUGAGGAAAUGACUUUGUGUCAACUUUUCCUACAGAGUGAAGCAGCUUAUGCUUGCGUGUCUGAACUUGGUGAAUUGGGUCUUGUACAAUUUCGCGACUUAAAUCCAGACGUAAACGCCUUCCAACGCAAGUUCGUCAACGAGGUGAGACGCUGCGAUGAAAUGGAACGGAAGCUUCGAUAUCUCGAGAAGGAAAUCAGACGGGAUGGUAUUCCCAUGCUGGAGAUACCGGGAGAGGUCCCAGAGGCGCCUCAACCCAGAGAGAUGAUCGAUCUUGAGGCGACUUUUGAAAAACUCGAAAAUGAACUUCGCGAAGUGAACCAGAACGCAGAAGCGCUUAAGAGGAAUUACCUCGAGCUGACCGAACUCAAACAUAUUUUAAGAAAAACGCAAGUAUUUUUCGAUGAGCACGAGGGUGGUGCCAAUACCACUGAAUCGAUGACGCGCGCCCUGAUAUCAGACGACCCGAACAAACAUAUGGGACAGGUUCAAUUAGGUUUUCGGGAUAAACAAGAGUCCUUGGAAUUCCUGCCUUGUUUCGUCGCCGGUGUCAUACUACGUGAGCGAAUCCCGGCUUUUGAGAGGAUGCUAUGGAGAGCUUGCAGAGGAAACGUAUUCCUCCGACAGGCUGAGAUUGACACACCUUUGGAAGACCCUUCAUCGUCGGACCAAGUCUAUAAGUCGGUGUUCAUAAUAUUCUUCCAAGGAGAUCAGCUGAAGACCAGAGUUAAGAAGAUAUGCGAAGGUUUCCGAGCUACGUUGUACCCUUGUCCGGAAGCUCCAGCCGAUAGACGUGAAAUGGCCAUGGGUGUUAUGACCAGAAUUGAAGAUUUGAACACGGUUCUUGGUCAAACUCAAGACCACCGUCACCGUGUACUUGUGGCAGCCGCUAAGAACAUCAAGAAUUGGUUCGUCAAAGUUCGCAAAAUUAAGGCCAUUUACCACACUUUGAACCUCUUCAAUUUGGACGUCACGCAAAAGUGUUUAAUCGCCGAGUGUUGGGUGCCUGUUUUGGACAUGGAGACCAUUCAGUUAGCUCUAAGGAGAGGCACGGAACGCAGCGGAAGUUCCGUUCCGCCCAUCUUGAAUCGUAUGGAGACGUUGGAGGACCCGCCCACGUACAAUCGAAACAACAAGUUCACUUCCGCUUUUCAAAACCUCAUCUACGCGUAUGGUGUCGCCACCUACCGUGAAGUAAAUCCAGCUCCGUACACAAUAAUAACGUUCCCGUUCCUGUUCGCGGUGAUGUUCGGCGACCUCGGGCACGGCGCUCUGAUGGCGGCCUUCGGGUUCUGGAUGUGCUACAAGGAGAAACCACUGCAGGCCAAGAAGAUCGACAGCGAGAUUUGGAACAUAUUCUUCGGCGGACGAUACAUCAUACUGCUCAUGGGUCUAUUCUCAAUGUACACCGGUCUCAUAUACAACGAUAUAUUCUCGAAGAGUCUUAACAUAUUUGGUUCUUCUUGGAGGACUAAUUAUAAUGAAUCCACGCUCAGAGAGAACAAAGAUUUACAAUUGAAUCCAGACUCGUACGACUACCUGCAGUCUCCGUAUCCCUUCGGUAUUGAUCCCGUUUGGCAGCUGGCCGAAGCCAAUAAAAUCAUCUUCAUGAACGCCUACAAGAUGAAGAUAUCAAUCAUCAUCGGUGUCUUCCACAUGUUGUUUGGUGUCAGCCUUUCGCUUUGGAACCACUUAUACUUCAAGCGCCGCAUCAGCGUGUACGUGGAGUUCAUACCGCAGAUCAUGUUCCUGACGCUGUUGUUCUUCUACAUGGUGUUGCUCAUGUUCAUCAAGUGGACCUCGUAUGGACCCACCGUGGGACACUUCGGCAGCCAGGAGCCUGAAAUCGUGAAGACAAGUGGUUUUUGCGCGCCAUCGAUCUUGAUCACCUUCAUCAACAUGAUGUUGUUCAAAGAAGACGCGAACUCGCGGCCGCAGUGCGACCCUACUAUGUACGCGGGACAAAUAGGCCUGCAAAAGUUCUUCGUGAUCUUGGCUCUGCUGUGCGUUCCCGUGAUGCUGUUCGGUAAACCUUACUACCUGAUGAAGGAGCAGAAGAAACGCGCUGUAAGUAAUACAAAACAGAGCAUGGAGACGGCCGAGAACGGCACGGCGGGCGGGGCUCCGGCGCCGGCCCCCGCGCACGGACACGACGACGACAUCACCGAGGUCUUCAUACACCAGGCUAUCCACACUAUCGAGUACGUGCUGGGCAGCGUGUCUCACACUGCGUCCUAUUUACGUCUGUGGGCGCUGUCACUUGCGCAUGCGCAGUUAGCUGAGGUCGCCUGGAAUAUGCUGCUGAGGAAGGGGCUGAAGUCGGCGGGCUACCAGGGCGGCAUCUACCUGUACGUGGUGUUCGCGGGCUGGGCCGCCAUCUCCGUGUCCAUCCUCGUGCUCAUGGAGGGGCUGUCCGCCUUCCUGCACACGCUGCGCCUGCACUGGGUCGAAUUCCAGAGCAAAUUCUACGCCGGGGAAGGUUAUCUGUUCCAACCUUUCUCCUUUGAAAUCAUCCUCGACUCAGCCGGUCAGGGCGAGGAGUAAACACAAAAACAUAACCUUAUAAGUUUUUACUUAGUUGUCUUUAAAGCAUAUUAUAAAGUCGAAUUUGAAUUAACGAAAACGAUGUUAAAUAGAAUAAUAAUCGAUCUUAAAUGGUAUAACUAGAAUAUUUUUUCCUAGUUGAAUUUCAUGAAUAAAAAAUUUGAAGAAAUGUAGCAAUGGCGUAGUCAUAUCUAUCUCUUAUAAGUAUAUCUGGUCACACUAGUGAAGGUAAAAAAUUAAUAUAUUCAAAUAAAAAAUAAUUGUCUAUGACUAUGAUCUCUUAGCGUUCCGAUUCCUAGACUAGAAAUUGUCCUUGGUCAUAAAAAAUGUUAAUCUUCGGCUAUGCCAACGCAAUCAAACCAAUUAAAUAAUAACUUAUUAACUUAUAUUCGAUGUAUUUUAUUCAAUGUUAAUGAUUAUUCGUAUUUUAAGCCUUAAGCAUUCAUUAGUAAUGUUCUGCAUAGUACCUAUAGUUAUUGCAGAGUAUCCACUAAAUGGAAAAAAAUGAUCCUUUUUUUGUAUUUCUUUUAUAACUCAUUUUAUAAGUGCAAAUGUACUUAAAAACCUUUUGAAUUCGUAUGUUUUUUUAACCGAGGCUCUCUUUAUAUGUAAAAACGUAAUAUAAAUUAUCGGUUCGUAGAUCAUCACAUAUAACCAACUUAUAUAUCCUUAGGAAAUGUCAUUUAGCUUCUGGUUAUCAAAUAAAAUAUAUUACAUAGCACAAA